CAAAAGGCAAAAUGCAAAACUGACUCCUUGAGGAUUUAUCUUGCUAACCAUCUCUUGUUUUCAUUUUUUUCUUCAUGUACUAAUAAAGCUGCCCGUUUCUUUCAGGUGGGUGUACAUGGCAUUAGAAUAGAAUUCAUCAAUGAAAAAGGAUCAAAACGCACCGCCACCUACUUACCGGAGGUUGCAAAGGAGCAAGGAUGGGACCACAUUCAGACCAUAGAUUCCUUAUUGAGGAAAGGAGGCUAUAAAGCUCCAAUUACAAAUGAUUUCAGGAAAACUAUAAAACUGACCAGGUAGCGGUCUCUGCGGAUGACGAUGAGCUACACAGAAUACCUUGCCCACCGCCAGCAUCAUCACUUCCAGAAUGGCAUUGGGCACCCCCUUCCACCAUACAACCAUUAUUCCUGACACUGAGCCGCAUGACCAGUCCCUCGACCUCUCAGCAGACCUCUUCCCAGGAGACCCCGCCCCCUCUUGGUCUAGCUAUCUCUAUUACUGUACCAUUUUAUGAUGAUAGUUUCCGUUGCCGUGAUGACGCUUCUCCAUGGUUGGUUAAGUUCAUCACGGCAACGGGUGGAAACGCUACAUCAUUACAAAGAGCCCUUCGUUCUUUUCUGCUUUUAAUUAUC